CCCUUGCGACUUUCAUCGCAAUCGCAUUUGCACGUACCACCGCCAUCAGCAUCGCGUGGUAUAUACACAUCUUGCGUAUACACACGUUCGACGUUGUUUCACAGGCCGAAUGAUAUCGUGUGUUUUUGUGUGAUUUGGCGGCCACGAGCGAUACUAAAAACGUGUAAAUGUUUGGUAAAUUAUCGGCUCGUAUUUAAAAUGUAAUAGCAUCGUUUCCUUAACAAAUUCAUCAUACAACUUAUAAGAAGAUAACAUGGAUUUAACCGUUACAAAUGAUCAGUAUAUAGAGACGGAAAACAGUUCUCCCUCAACAAAAUACGAAUGGACAUGGGAUGAAAAAUUCUCAUCCUCAUCGAUUAAGUUGUCAGAAUGUAAUUUGAAUGUUAAAUUUCAUCCUGUAUAUAGCACUGGUACAGCUGUGGUAAAGGGUAACAAACCAUUGGAGAAAGGGAGACAUCAUUUUUGGGAGAUUUUAAUGAUAACACAGAUAUAUGGCACAGAUGUAAUGGUUGGUGUGGGAACUGCAAAUGCAGAAAUUAAUAAUGCAAGUGAGAUUUUUUGUGCUCUGCUUGGACGAGAUCGAGAAUCUUGGGGUUUUUCAUACAAGGGAUACUUGCAGCAUGAUGGUAAGACAUGCAAAUAUGGAGCUACUUUUGGUCAAAGUAAUUUAGUAGGAGUACACCUUGACACUUGGAGCGGUACUUUACAAUUUUUCCUUAAUCGAAAACCUCUAGGUAUUGCUUUUACAAGAUUGAGCAAUGUUACGCUUUAUCCGCUAAUAAGCUCCACAAUGGCUCAAUGCGUAAUGAAGUUGACUUAUAGCUGUUCGAUGCCUGUAUCCCUGCAGUCUACAUGUUUAGCAACCUUGUCACCUCUGCAGCGAAUGUAUCUGUCAAAAACAUUUCCUAGCUUGCGUUACUUUUGUCAAAAUAUCUUUGCUGAUAUACUACAGAAGCAUACAGAUCAUGAUAACGAGGACAUCGAAUUUCCCGCAGAACAUAUUAUUUUGGAUGAUUUUGAUUACGCUCUUAUAGGACUUGGGAGAAAGAAGAAGCGGAUCAUUAGUAAUAAAUUCACAAUCAUCCCGCCAUCACGUGAUGAGNAAAAAAAAAAAAAAAAAAAAAAAAAAACUGCCAGUCAUCUCCGUACGAUUUGUGUGAAUCGUGUAAUGUGCUCAAUUUUAUACGAAUUAUUAGCAUUUAUUUGUGCCUAA